AUGCCAAGAGUAAGUCCCUUUUGGGCGUAUUUUUUAAGAGACACACCAAAAAAAGAUAUUGCUCAGUGUAAGCUAUGCCCAACACAAAUAGGCACCAAACAGAGCACUACGACUGGUUUGAAGGUUCACAUCAGAGGUUGUCAUAAUGAAAUUUUUCUCAACAUUGGGAAAGAAAAUUUAAAACGAGCACCAGAAACAACAGCUGACCAACUUGCACAAGAAUCAAUUUUGGACACUCAUGGGCCAAUAGCUCUAAGUGCAAAAAGAGUAAAGAUGGACAUUUCAUCGUAUUGCAAGGUUGUAACAAAAUAUGGAACAAACGACAAGCGACAGUUAAUAGCUGACUUGGAUAUUGUGAAAUAUUUGUGCAUGGGAAAUUUAGCUUUUCAACAUGUUUCAUCACCUGCUUUUAAAGACUUUUUAUUAAGCCUUUGUCCAGAAAUUAUUAUUAGAGAACCAUCAACAUAUUCAAGAAACAAAUUUCCAAUCCUUUAUUCUAAUGUUUUUGAGGCAGUUCUUAAUGUUUUAACACAUGACUUAAAAGAUGUAGAUGCAGUUGAAUUUACUUCAGAUCUUUGGUCCAGCAAAAGCAAUGAGUCAUUUGCAGCCUUGACGCUUCAUUAUAUUACAACUGGCUUUGAACUAAAGACAUUUUUGCUGGGCUGUAAUGAUUUUCCAGACAGCCACACAGGUGACAAUAUUUCAAUUAAAACAGACACAUUAAUUUCUGUUCUACCUUUCAAUAAUGGUUGUAAAAUGACUUCUGUCACAGAUAGUGCAGCAAACAUGAUAUCUGGGAUGAAAAAAAUUGGCCAAAAUUGA